UGUUCAGAACCGACAGUUAUGCACAACUACCAAAGUUUUGCCUUUCUCGGGAACGGUAAGACAUAAAGCUUUGUUUCCUUUUCAACCAUACGUUUUAAAAAUAGUUGAAGUUAACUUUCCGGAACAUGAAAUAUUCGGGGAUUUCAGACCGUAAUGUCCCUUUAAUUAUCAAUUUUAUACUCUGGACCAAAGUCCUGGAUACAUCAUUGUGCAUAUGUCAACUGUAUUACACUUGAACUCUGUAUUAUGGGAAACGUAAGUGUACACGUAUUGGUUACCUUAUCUUUGUGCAAUAACACCAAGGGAACGUACGUUUCACUGCAAAGAAUAACUGUUACCAACAAGCACCACUACUGCUACAAUAUACAAUAAUAAUUAUUCGCAUGUCAUAUUGCAAGCACCGUCAUGGCGGCCCAUAACGUCGACGUUUCGUCCAAAACAUCGGGUUACGACAUCAAACCUAGACAUGUUUCAGAUUUCGCGCAGACUGAGGAUGAGCCCGUCAAAGCCCCCUCCGGAGUCAGAAGACCGCCACACCCCAUGAAGACAGCUGGUCUCUUCUCAAAAUUAGUAUUCUUCUGGAUGUUUAAUUUCUUCCGUCGAGGCUACAAGAGACCUCUUGUUGAAACAGACUUGUAUGACGUUCUGCCUGACGACUCCGCUGUUAUUGUGGUCGGUAAACUCGAGAGGGAGUGGAAUAAAGAAAUUAAGAAAAGUGAAGCCACGGGAAAGCCUUCGUCUCUUCGAUGGGCGUUGCUUAGAGCUUUUGGCUGGCAUUACAUGAUACAUGGCUUGCCUGCAUUCAUUGAGACGGCAUAUUUUGCCCGUUUCAAAGCUGACCUGUCCACACUCAAAUGCCUUGUCCCUGGAGCAGUGUGCCGAGUCCACUGA